CACAAAGCAGUCUAUGUUGAUGCAGCUGAUUGCAAAUACGCCAACAUUUCUUUGACAGUAGACACAUUCAGUUAUGGUGGCCUCAUCAUUUCGGUAUCAAAUCGUACAACGUUUCCAUAAAGUGAUAUUAUAAAUAGGUUCUACUGUCAGUGAUAGCACAAAAUAGAGAGAAUUCUUUUGGAGUAAUAAGUCUGAUUUAGUGAAAGCAGGAAACCCCUGAUCACUCGAACAAAAUGGGUGAUGGCAGAGAGGGUGAGCGGCAGCCGCUCUUAAAGAAUGAAAGUGUCACUUAUAGCUCACAAAGUACCGAUGUCAUUGACGGAACACAAUCAAAUGUCAACACAGUUUCUCCAAUUGGUCCUGAUGAAGUACCUCCACCCUAUCAAUCAGCAAAUCAAAGUGGAAUGCCUAUGGUCACUUGCAGAGUGUGCCAAGCAAUGAUUAAUAUAACCGGAAAAAAAGAUCAACAUGUUGUUAAAUGUAGUCGGUGUAAUGAGGCUACGCCAAUAAGAAAUGCUCCACCUGGCAAGAAAUAUGUUAGGUGUCCGUGCAAUUGUCUUUUAAUAUGCAAAAGUUCAUCACAACGUAUCGCCUGUCCAAGGCCAAACUGCAAACGUAUUAUAAAUCUCGCACCUAGUCCAGUAACACCUCCAGUUCUUUCAAUGCCUGGAAUGUGCAGAGUAUGCUGUGCACAUUGUCAUGACACAUUCUUGUUCAAUACGCUAAAUAAUGCUCUGGCUCGAUGUCCGCAUUGCCGGAAAGUGUCUUCCGUUGGACCAGAUUUUGCUAGAGGACGCGGCAUCAUGUUUACCACCUUGGGAAUAAUCGCACUCGUAAUUGGCAUUUCUGUGACUGUCGGUACCUAUUCUUUGGUGGGAACUAAUGGCGGAAUUUACGUGAUAUAUGUUGGUGCAUUCCUAAUCGCACUCAUUUGUUUGGCACGAAGUGUUUAUUAUUGUACACUAAAAAAGAGUCUGAUUGAGGGUCCAUUGUAGGAAUAGACAGCAAGAACGAAAAAUAAGUUAGAGUUAUGUAGGAUAAAAAACAACAUAAUUCUUUGGAUGCAUAAUGUUACAUAAUCGAUUUAAAUGAAUUCUUAUUAUUAAUCGUAUACAUAACUAAAGGGAUUAAUUUUUUGACAAACAUGACAGUGAUCUAAUAUGUGUCUGUAAGUACACAAGUUAAUUAUUAUAAAAUUGAUUAACUUUAUCUCUUGUCUCGACGGAUACUGGAUAUCGAUCAUUAAGAACUCAUUUAGAUGCGGCUGGUCCACCACAAGGUUGUUAAAGUCAUAUGAGUCGGGAGCAGAGUAAACAUUAAUUUACUUGCUACAUUACACCGUAUUUUUGCUUUUUAAUAAAAUUUCAUUAAUUUUUCUUUUUGGAAAUUAUGAUCAAGCGAAUGCAUGCUGUUUAAUUGUAAAUCACUGGCGUAACGUUACGCGUCAUUCCUUCAAUACGCGCGUAGGUUUUUUUUAAUUUUUUUUAAAACCUGUGUCGUAUUAUCACGUAAUAAUUAUUAAAUAAAUGAGUAUAUUAUGUAUAUGUCACUGUAUCUUAAAUAAAUAUUAGGUAUAUCAAUAAA